AGCGUCAGUUAUCGUUCGACCGUGCUUAGUGACUCAUCUCAUCGAGAGCGCCGACCAAAACCCCCCGCCGGGACACACAGUGCGGUGGCGAUGUUUGUUCGACCGGUACGAAGAUUUACCGGUCGUGCGGUACUUUGUGAUGUGAUUUAUGCAAAACGUAGCAAAUAGCCCACUUGAAGCCGUAAAGCACUUCGUAAAUGGACACUUGUGAGUGAGUGGUUGCUUGUGUGUGAUUUCGACCGAAAGUAGCCCAAGGACUGUUAACAAACGCAAGUGAAAAGAAAACCCCAAGAAAAGUAAAGGACUGGACUGGCGUUUGGGGCUUGUGCAAAUAAAAAGUAAUCAUGCACAAAUAGUCUACAGUUUUUUUUUUGGGAGCGAACCAUGGCCAGUAGAAGCACGUGGAACGAUUUAGUAAGGAUGGGACGAUACAACCUUUGGCUGUCCAGCGUACUUCUGCUGACGUUGAUGUGUUGCCGGGCAACGGGGCAAACCUCGUCGGGCCCACUCCCCGAUCCGGUGUGUGGUCAGAUCUCGCAAAUGCUGGACAGCUGCUUCCGCAACUCGUCCCCAUCGAUUGCCGUCGAGCUGCUGUACUCCGUCAAGAUACCGGACACGGUGGAGGAAAUUAGCGACCGGUGUCUACUGUUCAACCGAGGGAUGGAAUGCGUUCAGCACUAUUUGAACGUGUGCGUGGACCAGAAGGAGCGGAAAAUCAUCGAAAACGAAGUGUACGGUGCAAAACGAUUGUACGAGUUCCUGUGCCGGGACCGUGGAUUUCAGAAGGAGUUUCUGCGGCACAAGGCUUGCUUUCAUCACGUGCACCACGACUGGGACGUCUGUUCGAGCAAGUUCGUCGGCAUUCUCAAGGAGGAAAUGUCCAAAACAACGAAGCAAUCGAUGAACGUGCAGUACAUGCACUUCUGCUGCGCACGGUAUGGUUAUGAAAACUGUGUCUACAAUAGCGCCCGGUACAAGUGUCGCCAUGAUUCGGCCGUUUUUCUUCGUACCGUCGCGAAGUUGCUGUCCACCGAUAGACACUUUCUGAACUGUGAUAAGAUCGAGCAGGAGGUCUGUUCCGCCGGGGCGAGGGAGGCUUCGUGGGGGAAGCUUGUGGUGCUGAUGGGCGUUGCAGGAUUGGUAUGGCAAAGUUUCGGAACUGGAAGGUAUUCCCAUUUUGACAUCCAUCAAUAGACAUCAGUUUUCGAUUGGAGUUCGGAGUUGGAAUCGGAGGCUUGGUAUGUAUGGGCGAUAGGUUAAGAGUUUUAUUAUUCGAAGGAUUAGAUCAAUAUUCAAUAGCUAUAAGUGAUGCAGUAUGUAAGUAAGCAGUGUUGGUGGUUUCAGUUACUAAUAGGCCUGCACACAAUUGUGCUGCUUAAACGAUGUAUAGAAUUAAAGGGAACGAUUGAGCAACGACGAGUUACAGCCGAGUUUUAGCUAGCGUGUGCAACGCCUGAAGGUAUGUAGUAUGUAGCCCGCUCAGUUAACCAAUGAUUCGCUGUAGGGUCCUUCCACCAGCAGACCGUUAAAAGAUCGUAAAGUGAUCCUUAAAAUGUAUUGCCCACCUUCAGGCGCUGAACAUUUGAAGGCUACUCGGAUGCGUGGCAGUCGUAGCAGAACGAAAGUGUUCUCACUCACCCGUAGGCAUUUGAAAAUUGUUGAACAGACACAUUCGUGCGGGAGUUUUAUCGAGGAGAUAUCUGUUGGCUGGCCAAAAGCGCUACGGACUAAUGUGUUAGAGUGUAGUUACAAAUACUUAUCUAGUGUGAUUUUUAUUAAGAAUCAGCAUGUUGUGAUACGAAUUACAUAUUGACCAUUGCACUCUUUGUAUGAGUACGUGUUUCAUUUACGAUUCGAAAUAUAUGUCAACUGGUAAAACA